AUGGAUGUCCCUAAUGAGGUUGAAAAAAUUAAUGAAGUACUUGACAAAAUACUACCCGAAAGAGAUUUAAAUCUCGUGACUAUAAAAAGUGUUCGAAAAGAUGUUGCAGAUUAUUUAAAGGUCGACGAGUCAUAUUUUACAGACAAUAAGGAAAAAAAAGCAAUACUAAAAGAUAUAUUAAAAGAUAAACUAUUAAAAUUAUAUAAUGAACAACAAGGGAAAAAAGAAGAGCAUGAUGAUGAAAGUACCAAAACUAAAAGCAGCAACGAAAGUGAAGAUGAAUACAUACAAAAAAAACAUAAUAAAAGUAAUAAAUCAAUAAAAUCAGAUUCAAAAAAUAAUAAAAAAAGAAAAAUGAGUAGUGAUGAUUUUAAUACCCCAUCAUCCAAAAAUGCAAAAAAAGAAAAAAAAAAUGGAAAUAAAAAAGAUGAUAAUAGUGAUAAUGAUAAUGAUGAAUUAAAACCAAAAAGUCGAAAAAAAUCAAGUGGAAGUAUUACAGAAAAAAAUGUACAUACUAUUAAAAAAGAAAAAUUACGUAAAAUUGUAUUGGACUUAAAAAUUGGGCCAACCAUUUUUAAAGACUUAAAUAAAGAAAAUGACGAAGAAUAUAAUAAAAAACUAGAAGAAAAAAUUAUUGCCUUUUGUGAAAAAAAAGAAAUAUGUUCAGAAAAAAAUAGAUUGCCAAAUCCUUCUGAAAUACAAGAAUAUGCAAAACAACUUAAAUUAAAGGAAGAAUUAGACGGAAUUGAUUUGUCUAACAUUUUAGAUUCAGGCACAAGAUCAAGAAGAAGAGCACCAAAUGUUUAUACCUCAAAAAUUAUUGAGGGCUCUGAAGAUGAAGAAGAAGAAGAUGAGGAAGAUGACGACGACGAUGAUGAAGAGAAAAAUGAAGAGGACGAUGAAGAGGAUGAUGAAGAGGAAGAUGACGAAGAUGAUGAAGAAGAAGAGGAUGAAGAUGAGGAGGAAGAAGAAGAUGAGGACGAGGAGGAAUACGAAGAAGAGGAGGAUGAUGAUGAUGAUGACGAUUAA